UAUGAUUUACUAGUACAAUUAAAUAAAUGAAAGGCCACCGAGGAAUGGUUAACAUGACGCCGUUUCUGACUUUCAAUUUCUUUCUCCUUUUGUACUUUCUCUCUCUUUUUCGCGAGGUUUUCCUUCCACUUUGAUGCCACCCAAAGAGGGUCUUCAGCUGAUUUUCUGGUAAAGAUAUUAGAUUAACUCUCAUCCAAACACAACCCAAAGUCCGGUUUGAAAGAAAUAAUACUAUAUAGUUUUUUGUCUCCGAUGGCUACAACCUCUAAAGGGAUCGACGACUCAGGUGUCCUUUGAAAGCUCACUUCUGCCCGCAAAAGUAAUGUAAAUGAAAAAGAGGGAACAUUGAAUGAAUUUGUGAAAGAAGCUGCUAUGGCUUUGAAUUCAAAGCCCCAGCCUGAAGAUAGCGAGGCAAAAGAUCGAGUAGAGACCAUGUGGGAGCAGAUGAAUAAGGGAAUACCUAAGAAUGCUCUCAGACAAUUUUCAAGCAGUAAAACUUCAGCCCCGAAUAAAACUUCAGCCAAAGCUUCCAAUAAUUGGAUGAAGUAUCUACAAUUGAGACCACCGAAGGCUGCAGGAUCUCCUAGGCAAGACUGACAGAUAGAGGCGAAGGCUUCAAAUGCUGUGGAGAAUGGAACCAACCAGAAGGCUCAGUUAGGGCGUUAGAUAAAGGAAUAUCUAUUGCUACUCUCAAAUCAGUUUUAAACGAGCAUAAUUCAACUUUGGAUACUACAUUUUCUCAGAAGAUUUCCAAUGUAUGUUGUUUUUCUUUUUGGCAGCCGACCCAGAGUAAUUGGAUAUAAGGUUUAGUUUGUUGUUGUUGUUGUUUUCUUUUCGGCACUGUUGCCGCAGUCAGUAAUUGGCUAUAAUUGAACUUUUACCUAGACUAUACUUAAAUAGAAUUGGAUGGUGAUUCUGGGCAUGCCACCAAAGAAAACUGAAGCCCUUAAUAAAGAUAAAUCACUGAAGGAACCUACUGUGAUGCAGAACAGCAUCAGUGAUGAGGCAAAGAAGCUUGCAGCCGCUGCCCUCUCAGCAGUGAAGGAUGCUGCAGCGGCUGCCUCAAAUAGAGGGAAAAUUGAGAUCAGUGAGGUUCAAGACUUUGCUGGUCAAGAAAUUGAAAUAAAAAAGCACAUUGAUGCCGAUUCAAAAGAGGCAGCUGAAAAGGCAAAAACUCCUGCACCCUCUGCCGUAGAUGCUGUUCUUGAACAAAUCAAGAAGAAGCCAAAGCUCAGUGUACUCGACAAGACGAAAAAAGUUUGGGUGGAAUUCAAGGAAGAAAAUAAGGGGAUGGAGGAAGAGUUGGAUGCGUACAAGAAGAGCUCAAACCAGUAUCUGGAUAAGGUUUCUUUUUUUGGCGCUGAUUAUCGAGAGUUUGAGAGGGAGAGAGAUGCAAGGCUUGCUCUACAGGCUAGGAGGAGACCAGACAUGCGGUGGCUUUGAAGAGAGAAUCACUGCAGGGGCAUCCAGUUAACGUGCAAGGUUACAACCGUGAAUUAGCUUACUACUAUAUAAUAAUGUUUGACGGUAUUUAAAUGCCAGUGCACAAAGUACCACGUGAAGCUUUUUCUUCUUUCAUUUCUUGAGCGGCGCUUGACAAUGCCAAUCCGAGCUUACAAAAUUGUUCAAUUAUUUAGAAAACCCAUCCUUGGGCUUUCUUAUUUGUUUUUCUUUUUCGCACAAUUUAAGCACCGGUGGCAGUCCCUUGAGCUUCCAUGAAAGGUAGAAGAAAUCAUGCAGCGCAUUGUAACUUGCAAUCUUGCAUCUCCUGCCUUAUAAACAACUGCUUUUCCACUUUCAUAACAAACUAUGUACUGACCAACAAAAUAUUAACUCAACUAACCCCCUCAAGAUUUGAGAAAACUG